AUGGCUCAAUUAUUCGAUAUUGAUGAGACGACACUGGUUUCAAAAUUAUUUUCUAAAAAUUUCAAUAUCAUGAUCACUAUUGUCACUGGGUUGACAUUGGCAAUAUUGAUUUGGAAAUUAUCUCAAAAGAAAAUCGAAACCAAUAAUCAUUCCGAUGAUGAUGAAUGCAUGAAAUUUGGAAUGGAUGACCCUCUGUGUGAAAUGAAAAAUCUUUCAAACUUUUCAAAGACUUCGGACCGAAAAUGGAUUCUCUUUUUAAUUCCAUCAUUAUUUACAGAUCAUCGAAUUUUCAAUAAUCAAAAGAAAGUUUUUGGAGAUUUAAUUGAAACCAUAGAUUUAGAAAAAAUAGAAGAAAAUUCCAAAUUGACUUUGCAGAGUUAUGCCAAACAAUUGGCUCAUCAAAUUAUUACUAAAUAUAGUAGUAUUGAAACGAAAGAAAACAACGCUGUUGAAGGAUUUCUUGUGGGCGGAUUUUGUGUGGGUGGAAUGAUUUCAAUUCUUCUAGCUCAGGAAUUAUUAACCAUUGCACCUCCAAAUUUUGCAAACAAGUUAAAAGGAAUUUUACUUAUUGGAAGUUGUCCUUCCUUUACUCAUUGUGUCGAUCCCUAUUACAUGAAAUUGAAAAGAAUUGUCAUGAAUUAUUUACCCACUCGUAUCUUUGAAUCAAUUGUGAAAAUGUAUUUAUGGUCGAAUAGUGCAAUCAGUGCAUGGAUGGAACGAAGUGUGUUGACAAGUUUAUGGUCACAAGAUCGAAAUGUGAUGGAGGAGUACAAGUCCUUGUUGAAGAGUAUGAUGGUUGAAAAGGAUCCUGAAUUUGUCAUUCAAAUGUUGAAAGCUGAAUUUAAUUUUAGUGCAGAAGAGGGACAAGAAGAUUAUGUGAAAUGGUCAAUUUUCUCGGAACAUAAUAUUCCCAUCUCGCAUAUACAUGGAGAUCACGACUACUUGAUUCAAUCUUCUCUCUGUGAGAAGACACUUUCUGCCAUUAACACGUAA